AUGGAUAAACUUGCUCCCAUCAGAAAUAUUUUUGAAAUGUUCGUCGCAAAUUGUCAAAAAGUUCAAACUCUUGGAGAAUAUGUGACAAUCGACGAAAAAUUAGAACCGUUCAGAGGAAGGUGUUCAUUUCGACAGUACAUGCCAAAUAAACCAGCCAAGUAUGGAAUAAAAAUUUUUGCCUUGGUAGAUGCGAGAACAUUUUAUACAUGGAACCUAGAGAUUUAUGCAGGAACUCAACCAGCAGGACCAUAUAACGUUGAAAAUGGCCCAGACAAAAUUGUAAAGAGAUUACUAGAACCUAUUUUCAAUUCAGGACGCAACCUAACUGUUGACAAUUGGUACACUAGCUAUGAUUUAGCAAAAGACCUCUUGAAGAAAAAAAUUACACUUGUGGGAACAGUCCGAAAAAAUAAAAGGUAG